AUGCAGUUCGAUAUCCAAGAACCUCUUGUGGUCUCUGAUGAUUGUAAUUCAGAAACCUGGAGACAGGGUGUGAAGGCGUUUUUUAACAGGCGAUUUACUUUCCGACUGUGGCGUAUUCUCGUUUUCCUACUCAUUAUUGCGAUCAUUAUUAUUGUGGGUGCAUGUAUUCUAAGUACUAGGCAUGGCCCAGGGAAACUGCAAGGUAUGAAGAUCUGUAGCAAAGCAGCCAUGACAAAGGAAACCAAGGAGAACGGAGGUAACGCACUUUCUGAUUAGACUAGCCUUAUUUUUAUAAUUGCCCAUGUACGAGUUUUCAGAGACACUCAGCGAAGGUAUAGUUCAAAACCACUUAAACAUAGCAUUUUGAACGUAUUUUAAUAUUUAAACGGUAGAUAUAGGCAUAUUUUUAUCCCCUUAAAAUUUUUUGUCUGUUCGGAUUUCCUAGCUGAUUGAAAGUCUAGUGAUCCGAAAAUUAUAGGGAUCAAAACUUACCUUUUCGAAAAUUUCAGCCAGGAAAAAAGGUUCCCGUAAAUUCUAGGUGAUCGUUAUAGGGUAAAAAUCCGUUAAAAAUGGGCAACUAUACCAUUUUUUAGAUGUUCGAAAAUCCUUGGAGAGGCAGACAAGCAAGAAAUUUUACAACAAAUAUUCCGAAAAUUCUAGAUCUCAAAUCGUCCUCCCAACCGAUAUUUUCCAAAAAUUGACGUUGGGUGCUCCCGAGUUUUGGCAUCCCCGUUCUUUUAUACCGUGUAGAGUCAAUAUCUAAAGAGGAUUUGAAGCUAAAUCAAGUUGAGAUUGUUAUGCUGUAAAAUAUUUUAAUAUAGACUGAACCCUGAGUGCAAGAUCCCUAGACUGUUGGACCAUUUUUUGAAUGUUUUUUGGAAGCGGUUUUCGUAGGAGGGUAACCAAUUUUUUUCAAGAGGGUUUUUUAAAAUCUAUUACUUCUUUUUAACUUUUUUUUAGCAGAGACUAUUGGCAACACAAUGGAAAACGUUUUGUAGUUAUAACCUUUCUCUUUUUUUCCAACGCCUUCUCCAACUAAGACUUCUUCUGGGACACAAUUAACAAGGAGAGCAUUUACAGCACAUCCACGUGCCCAAGUUAAUCUUUGUUCCCCCUGGGGAUACUUCAGGACCCGGGGGGUAUUCCCUUAUAUAAGCUACAUAAGUAUCUGCCGCCCCAUCGGGUAGGGUUUUUGGGCCGUUUUGGUCUGAAAACGGGUAUACACUUUGCCCAUUUUGCUGUGGAAUCGGGUAUAGUUUUCAAGGGAACUACGGACUGUAUAAACGUAUUUAUCAUUUCAAUUCCAAAUGAGAAAGAGAGAAAGAGCUAGAAAUAUGCGAAUUCGAAAUGGAUUUGAAGUAUUUUUUGGCUGCGCUCUAAUCUAAGUAAUGAUAACAUAAUUUCUGCCUAAAGGCCAGGUGUGAAAACGGGUAUAGAUUUUAGACUUCUAGUCUGAAAACGGGUGCGGAAAAUUACAUUUUUUCGUUUGAUUUGGAGUACCAGGCGGCACACCCUCACCGAGAAUUCCCAGGAGUACCCCCCCGGCCUUAGGAAUCCUUGGGUGGGGAUGGUGCUGCUGGGACUCCGGAACCCUCGGACCAAGUUCAGCUGAGUUUUGCUACUCUGUACUUGCUCAACUCCCACAAUCCCUGCUUCUCCAGGCGUAUCCUUGAAUCGCUAUUUUUCAUCUAUCGACGCUUUCUUUCUUUUAAAGACUAAAGUUGCAGAUAAAUUUAGAUUUAGCGAUUUCAUUGGACUAUGACAACUGCCUUGACGAGAAUGCUAGCUGCAUUUGGUUUUGUUAUAUGAGCGGUUUAUUUAAUUACUUACUGUCCUGGUAAGUACGAGGCCAUGAUAAGCGUCGGGUCAAGGGUGUGUCAUCAUGCUGGAACACGUUGGAGCACGUAUACUAUCAUUGAAGCUCAAUAAAAGGAAGACCUUUGACGCUCAUUGAGCUCAUUAUUGAAGAUUCAAGUCAGUGCAAUGUUCAACUUGAAGCGGUUCAAUAACCCCCAGGAGCCUUUUGAAGGUUCUGAAGAUUUCAGAACAGAAACCUGGAAACAGGAUGUUAAGGCGUGUUUUAACAGGCGAUUUGUUUUCCCAUUGUGGCAAAUUCUCAUUUUCCUGCUCAUUAUAGCGGCCAUUGUGACUGUGGUUGGUAUUCUGGCCGCCAUGCUUGGUGCAAGGCAACCAAGCUCUAAGCCGAACUCUUACAGAGCAGCGAAAGCAAAGGAAACCAAGAAGAAUGGAGGUAACCCGCUUUCUGAUGACUCUGAUUAGAAACUUGUAUUUACAGUAGCUUACACUGAAAUCGGGUGGUUACCUGGUGAAGACCUAAAUUAAAAGACCUAAAAUGGCAAAUCAAAAUCCACUGUAUCAAUCUGAAAAGGAAAGCUGUAUAAGACUCCAACUAAAACUUCUCAUACCCCACUGGGCUUUGUCUAAAUUUUAAAUCCAGUCGUUUCGCGCAUUGAAAAGAAAGCCGUGUCUUUUGUCGAUACUUUACUAUCGUAAUUGUCCUUAUAAUUUCAACCCAUCUUUGUGUCGUUUGUCGCCAUUUCAUCUGUCUCCAGGCCGUGUAGCCGUUUCAAGGUCUUUCAAGGCCGUGUCACUUGUCUAACAGGUUUUGUCAGUUGUUAAAAUACUCUACAGAAGAUUCAUGGUAAAGUUGAUCCUCAUUUUCUCCCUCUUAGUGUUGCGACUCUGUGGCGUCAUAUCACAAGAGUAUAAAGAAAAGCUUUCAGACCUGUGGUCAGACAGAGGCGUUCCCUCCAUCAAGCAAAAUUAAAAAGACAAACUUCCCGUUGUCAUUCACGGAAGGCCGGAAUGUCAGUGUUAUGUCGUGUGACACUGGAGGUCGCUGUUGUUUUUAAAACUUUGUUUGCCAUAUGAUGCGUGCUUCAAAAGAGUUAUUCUACAUAAAUUAAGAAGUUCCCUACUAAGCAUUUUUUUCACAUGGACCACGACGUCAUAAAGUCCUAUUAUGCGAAAACUAAAUCCAAAAAUUGUUUUUUUGGAUUUAAAAUGUUUUCAACUUCAAAAGUCGAUUAACAUCAUGUGAUUGUACCGUCAUUUUAGAACAUUGCUCCUUCCUCGGCAAUUUCAGCUUAUGAAGGGAUCAUGUUAAUUCAUGCUUCCAGACAUUGUUCAAAUAGAGGUUGUGAUCCAGUUGUGACAACUUGUUAAUCAAAUGAAUUACGUGAUUCUAUUUUAGUGUACGUGGGUUGAUGUGUAAUCCACUUGAGAUUCGGAACGGUUAGCCCCGGGUGGGUGGGGCGAUACUCUACUAAUAUUUGGCUAGAGGUGAGUCGCUGAGGGUCUGAAACCACCCUCAGCGACUGUUUAGGAUAAAACAUCUUCUAGACAAACAAUGUUUGAGACAAUACCCUCAAUUUCAUUACCCUGUUUAGGACAAACGACAAAAUGAACGAAUGAAAAUUGUUGUUAGUCAUUGCUUUUGUAAACUUGGAGCACAAAAAAAUUCAUCAAACAAAGCAACUCAAUUGUGCAGGCAAUACUCUGUUUUACUUUACAACUGAGACAGACUCGCGCGAAAUCAUACGGUCUGUUUAGGAAAGAGAGGACAAAAAAACCAUACCCUGCAGAAGCAAAUGCAGAGAAAUGCAUUGUAGAAGGCAGAUGGAAGUCACAACUAAUGCUUAAUGCUUUUUUAUCAUUACUUCAUCGCUCUCUUUUUAUUGCUAUAGGUUCGCAGACCACUACGAUGCCACCAACAAUUUGCCAUCAGAAGACAACCUCAGGUCAAUGCUGCAGCAUCCCCUUCACUUACAAAGGCGUGACUUACAACUCUUGCACCGAUGUUGAUCAUCACAGACUCUGGUGUUCAUUAGAUAGUCAGUAUAAAGGGCAUUGGGAGAAUUGUUGUAAGUAAAUUGGCUUAAUUGAUCUUUAAAGCAAAAGAGAAAUAUAGGGGUGGAUGCCAUCCGACUGUUAGAUUUCUUUUUUCUUUUAAUUUCUUUCCCUUUUUUUGGAAUGUCUGUCAUUGUCUUUCUUUUUUUGAUUUUGGCGCCAGGGUUUAGUCGUUUCAGUUGCAGUUCUUUUACUUAUAGGACACAUUUUUGUAGCUGCUAUGAUGACGUAAUAACUGACACAAUGAACGAAUCUGAAGCUAUUUUUGAGCGAGUUUUUCGCCACGCAUUUUGCCCAAGCAGUCAACGGCGUAUAAAACAGUACCAAAAACUGCCAACUUAAUUUAAUCAAAACAUAGUUUUAAGCCUCAAGCAUAAAACAUGUUACUUUUCUGCAGUACAACCAAAACAUAAUUUUCAAUUAAAUCCAAGAUAGCUGCCAAAAUAACAGCUAUUUUUAACUCUCAAGUCCUCAGCAGCAACGUCAUAGCUCACAAUACUCUUCAGCUGCUCUUACGGUAUCUUGUAGAUUUCAUCACAGUCUAUCAAUAAAAUGCUUUCGACGAAACAGCCACAACCCGAUCAGGAUUUAAAGGCCCUAUUUCCCCCUGUAAGUCAAGGUAGUGGGUAUGAAUAACAUAGAAAAUUCACGGUAUAUCCGAGAAUUAAAAUGAUUUAUUAUUCAUUCAAAAUAUUACCCCGAUUCUGAUUGGCUAAAAGCACACGUUUAAUUCACCAUAACCAGGUACUGAUGACCAAAUUUGGAAGAAUUUUGACUUUAACGAGGAAAUGACGUCAGAAAUGCAGCGUUUUCGCAGGUUAAGGCACCGUUAACCGAGAAGACCUGGGGACGAGGUUGAGUUGUUUUGGUUGUGAACUUGAAAAAAUGGCGGACAUUUCACUCGUUUCAAGAGUAAGAACUAGUCGAAAAAAUAGCUAAAAACAGGGCACGAACAGCAAGAAGACAACUCGAAGGGCGACAUCUGCCAUUUGGAGAAUAUUUGCGGAGCUGGACAAACCUAAACGUACACUAUCGAAGAUGAACUGAACAUCGAUGGAUCGAUGGAGGUAAGCAUGUUUUAGCUAUGCUUUUAAACUAGGAAUUAUUUUGAAUGAAUAAUAAAACAGUUAUUGAAUUCGGCUUUCGUAUCAUAUGAAGAAUUAUGGACAACUCGGAGGGUGUUAUCCGCGUCGGCCUACGGCCUCGACGGAUAACACCCUCCUCGAUCUCCAUAAUUCUUCACAAGAUACUCAGCCUCAUUCAUUAACUGUUAAUUAACCAAUUUUACUGAGUGAUGCUACCAUUUCGCUUUCUCUUCAGUGUUAACGACCACGAAAAGAACACCAACUGUUUGCACUCAGAAGACAACAUCCGGUCAAUGCUGCAGUAUCCCCUUCAUUUACAAAGGCGUGUCAUACAACUCUUGCACCGAUGCUGAACAUCACACACUCUGGUGUUCGUUAGAUAAUCAGUAUAACGGGAGAUGGGAGAAUUGCGGUAAGUUUUUAAUUAAUUGGCCUGAUUAAUCUUUGACGUAAAAGAAGGGAAGGGGUGGGUGACACGUGACUCUCAGAUUUUUCUAUUCCAUUGUUUUUUUUCUUUCUUUCUUUUUUGAGCGAGCUUUUCCCAUCAUUAUGCCCAAAAAAGCUUACAAAGCAGUACCGAAAGCAACCAACUGUUUUAUCACAACAUAUUCUUAGGCCUCAAGCAUAAAAAAUCGGAAAAACAGAUCAAGUUUUCGCAAUUUUUAUAUUACCAUUUGCGGGCCAUUUGCGAUUAAUUGAAGAUAUCAGUGGCCGCCAAAAAGAGAGCCAUUUUUAUCUCAAAGAAACGUAUAGGACACAAAAUUUGUAUCAUGAACUUGUUGAUCUCAUCGAAGUAUAUCUAUCAACUUAAAUUCUUAAACUAUUCAAAACAUUUUUUAUGGCAGUCUUUGCACGAGAGCCUAAAUAAGCUAAGAAACAUUUCAAGACAAGUAAAUUUUAAUUACUUCAAGUAAAAUAAAGCUUCACACACAACCGAUUCUUUUUUACUUCAGGCCCCAGUUGUUCAAACGCUGGAUAGCACUAUCCACCGGAUAAAAAUCUAUCCAGUGGAUAGCGCAAUUGAUUUCCAUGAUACUUAUCCGCUGGAUAGUGAUUUAUCCGGUGGAUAGCGCUAUCCAACGUUUGAACAACCGAGGCCAGGUUAACUUAAGGCUAAUUUCCAACGCAACAUAAUUACGAUUGAUUGACGUGUUUCGCCUUUCUCAAACCUCAAGAAACCGCAAGUAACCGCAAGUCAGCUAAGUCGGUUUUAAGGAUGGUUUUCAAGCCGCUUGAAACUUUUUUGAAUCGUUUCAACUUUCCAACUUUAAUGAGAUGCAAAGUAAAGUUACUUGAGAUUUACUUAGGCCUUUACACACGAAUUUUUGGUUAAGUAAAACUUAGCAGCUCUUAAGUCUUACUUUACAGCCUAGUGUAAAUACCGCCAUUAUAAUGCAGCGAAAACCCAAAGGCGCUUCAACGGCGCCAGGUGGAGGUAUGAAUUACCUAGUGUAUCCAAGGAUUAAAAAGCGAUUUAACCUGGCAGGUAAGGGGUCGACCAUUUGACCUUUGAGGGGGAGUAUUGGUGAUUAGGUCUGGGUAAGAAUUUUCUUCCCGAAACCUCUGAAGAUGUGAUUUUUUUUGCCGGAGAGUGAUAUAACUGUGUAAGAUUUUUUCCCAGCAGUACGCCAUGAUAGAUAUAUAUAGGUAUAUAUAUUUCCUUGCACGACUGUUUUUUCCCCUCGAAAUCAGUCUGCUAGCCGUUUUUCUUCGUAUUUAGGGACCGGUCAUUAUUUAUCGCCUGGGGGGGGUCGGAGUAUUUUUGUUGUCACAUCGGAGCAUUUACCUGAUCCCCCCGUAGAGUAUCUAGUUUUUUAAAGAUCCCCCCUUAUUGGUAGUGGAAAGUUUCAUGAUCCCCCCCCCCCCCCUUUCUCCCAGCCACCGCCAAAUAACUUUUUGAAUAUGCAAGUGAUAUCUUUGAUAGUGGUACUUACGUCUCAUGGACCUUGAACAACAACGGUAGAUAUUUGCUCGUCAGAUACGAACUGAAUUGUCGCGGAAGUGCCAAUCUCAGGCUGUUCAUCCAAAUCCACGAAAACAUAGUCAUCGUCGCUCUCUGCCUCUUCACUUUCGGAUUCUUCAUCCUCGGAUUCCACGUCAUCUUCAUCACUCGACAGUUCUUCUGUUAUCACAGUCUCUUUAUUCUGUCGGUAAUAGUGACAUCGAAUGGCCUUAACUUUGUCAAGUUUCCAACCCACAGUCGUCAAACCAUGCUUGUUGAGAUACAGGUCUAGUUCUCUUACCCGCAACUUUUCAACUUUGCCACCCUCGAUGAGGUUAUCCCAUUGAAAGUCCUUGUACGUUCGUUCGCCCUCUUGCCUUCUUCGCUCCUCAGCUGCUCUUGUUCUCAUGUCCUUUCGGAUCUCAAUAUCCUUCAAAUGAUUAACAUAUGCAAUGACGUGCUUCUCUUCCACAUUAUAUUUUGAGCAGAAGCUCUUCAUGGUAUCCUGAUCGUUUCUGAUACUGUCAGAAUGUUCCUCGUACAGAUAUUUAAUACAUUUUCUUGGAAGGUAAUCAUCUGGUGUCCUGCCCGUCGAUUCCGUCUGAUAGAUAUCCAUGAAAUGUCCAGGAUUGUUUGAGUCUGGUACAGGUUGCGGAAUUCUUUCCGUUUCUGGACCGACCCAUCUAUUGUUAGAACACCAGGAACAGAGAUUGGAACUUUCUUCUCUUGACUCUUUACAGGCAUCACGACAGAAUUCCAUAAAAAGUUCUCCACGAAUAUAGUGGUCUUCCAUAAACGAUUCGAUCUUUCGGGAGUAUGCUGCACCGGACGCUUGCUCUUUGUUUCGUUCUGAUGCACCCCGAUAGUUGUCGAGGUAAACAGAAUUGAAAAAGAAUAAUUCAUCAGGGGACUCGCUUACUUUGCUCUUGAUGUAAUCUUUAAGGACAGGGACAUCAUCAAUUCUCUCGGCUACCUGACUACAGACAUACCAGGCAUUUUUCUCCAUCCGUUUCUUUUCGUACUCUUCGUAUGACUGGAGAGACAGUUGUUUGAUUUCCUCUUCUGAAAGAUCCUCAGACGAACAGGACGAAAGAACAGACGAAAGAACCUUUAUACAGAAGAGCAUACCUUAAGGCCGUUUGCAAGUGAUGAGCUCAAAUAUUUCCAGGAAGCUCAAGAGCGAGUGAAGGCCUUACACCAAGAGCUGCAGAAAGCCUCCAAUGCGCUCACGACCACCCUCAUGAGCUUGAAGAGAAAGUUCCCAUCUCCAUGGGGAACAACGGCCUAUCCGAAGAAAAAAAAAGAAAACAAGAGAAAAGUGAAAAAAAAAUCAAGGAGGAAAGGUUACGUCAGCGAGCAGCAAUUCUCCUAGAAAAACUUACCUCAAAAAAGAGGUAGCUAAAGAGGUUUUCGAUUCACUCGAAAAGAAUACUUACAAAUGUGUCUCAAGUAUUAAUGCAGGAUUCACUGCGAGAUUUGUCAAGCGUCUCCACCUGGAUCCUCUGCUAUGGCUUUUGGAAAGAGGCGUGUUUGAAACAGAGCUGGCACGCAAUUUGAAAGUGGUAGUGGCCAGAAUGAACGAAGAGAAUAGCAGUAAUGGUGCUGAAAGAGGGUCAAGUUCGGGCGAGGAUUCCGAUGAAUCUGACGUGGAGACUGUGCAAGAGCCAGUGGAGAGGGCUGCCGAAGAUUCUGACACGGAAGCGGAACAAGAUACAGCCUCACCAAAAUAAACACUUUUUUAUUUGUUGUUUUCAUUCGGCCGCGUAUUAAAAUAAUGAACGUUUAUGAUUUUAGAUUACGAUUCUCUAUAAAACAAACUGAAACGUCAUGAAACAAUUUUGAGCAAUUGUAAGUAUUCCAUUCUCAAAAUCUUGAUUACCUGAUUGAUCGUGCCUCAUUAACAACGUGUAUGUUAGACUACGAUAGUGAUACUUUUUUUACAAAAUGGAGGGUCUGUAAAAGGGUUUGGGUUUUGUGUCUGGGCUAGAAUAAAGUUUAUAUAAUACAAAAUACAACUGAACGUGGUCUUGAAUAUAUGGUUGGGGGUUUAGAGUCCUAGUGGCAAAUCCUACCAAAGUAUUUACAAAUGCACUCACCCGGGGUCCCGGCGCGACCUAAAAUUCCUUUUUUUUUCGUCUGAUCCCCCAUUAUGCUUGUCAAUUACGGCUGAUCCCCCCCUAAAGGUCUUCAAAAAACCAUGUGAUCCCCCCCUAAAUACUCCGACCCCCCCCCAGGCGAUAAAUAAUGACCGGUCCCUUAUGGCAUAAAAGGGCAUAGGCGUACGGGAAUUUUUUUGCCAGUGGGGGCGAUAAAACAUUUGCCCAAAAAAAUCACGCAAGUUGCCCAAAUUUUUACGAAAGAGUCGAAAAGAAAUGAGGGCCAUAUUGCAACAACGUAGGCCGUACUGGCAUAUUAAGGUGGCUCGAUGCAGUUUUUCAGGGUCGCCAUAAACAAACAUUUGGAAAAAUUGCGACCACAGUUGUAUUAAGAUGAAAAUUUGGCAUCAUCAGGGUUGCAAUGACAUCGAAGUUGUCAUAGCAACGAAAUGACUCCAUUACCUAUUUUACUUCAGCAAUGAUUCUCGGCACGGGAACCGUACAAAAUCGUUCACAGGAGCUUUUUUCUCCUAUACGGUCGCCUCGAUGUUCGUGAAGUUUAAGCAGAACCUUAAGAGCGUUAUUGAGAUAUUUUGAACGAAGUUUUUAUUAUUAGAAAUACGGUAAGAGAAGGAAAAUCUUGAUUUUUGGCCGUCAUUUGUAGAAAACGAAGCGCUUUUGACCUGCUAUUUCACCUCAUAGUAGUUUUAAUCUUUUUAAAAGCAUGUGUGAAAGAUCGUGGAGAUAGCUCUGCUUGAUUGUUAGAAUUGAAAGAAGGAUUUGAUUAGUAUGUAUCGAGACACUCUUGUUAGCGGUUUUGUAAACCUUUCGGUCUACUUUAACAAAUUAGCGAAUAAUUUAAACCGCUUGAUAGAUUUUUAAAAGAAUUAAGAUUAUUCUCGUAAUUCAAACUGAGAAUUAGUCAGCCACUUCUUCAUUUUCAUACCCAUUGUAGCCCGCGUAGCAGAACUCGCGCGGAAACGCUUGCCAUGCAGGCUAUACCCAUUGCUAAAUGCUAUCUGCCAUACACUGUUCGUCGAGUGGAGAUGAUUCGACUGGAAAUAGCCCAUUCCAGCUAGUGCAGUGCGGUAUAGUGCCCAACCAAAAAAACUGCAAAUAUGUAAAUUAUUCAUCACAUGCUAGGCAACCACUGUAGAAUUGGAUGAUUACGCCGUCUUCAGGUUAAUAAUCAGGUCUUUAAAAUAAUUAAAUAAACAUGGAGACGUCUUUAAAAACUGGCUUUGCCUAAAUUUUCUCUCGCUGCCCAAAAAGUCUGAGUUGCCCAAAAUUUGGCGGGGCUGCAGCCCCCCUCGCCCCCACGGCCCGUACGCCUAUGUAAAAGGGAGUCAUGGUGCUAGGCGUUCCUAGAAGAGACCGUGGAAACUGGGAAUAAGAAUCGUUGCGUGACCCGAAGCCACGCAUAUUUUGCGAACAAAGCUUAGGAAAGAAUAAAUUUAGAGCUUUUCCGAAACGUGUCGGUCCACGAAUUCUAUCGCUUGAAAGCGUUGAUUACUUUGGAACAAGUGAACACUACUAAGUGGUCGAAAAAAAUAAGAAUCUUUAUUAGCAAAACUGCGAUGGUCGGGUGUUGUAAACUUUCAUUAUAGGUGGUUUUCACGUUACGUCAUCGCCGCCAUGCUGGUGGACGGUAAACAAAAGAUCGCUCAUUAGCUCGCUUUGUUUGUCCACCAGCGUUUGUUCAUUUCACCAUUGUUAUUUGUGUCUCCCGAGUUAUAAUAAUAAUAAUAAUUUACAUUUAUAUAGCGCAAACCUCUAUAUGAAUAUAUUCGGUUGCGCUUUACAAUAUUGUUAUAUUAAAUUUAUGUUAAAGGUGACUAAAGCAUGAGCAACUAUUAAAAACUACAAUAAAAAAGUAUUAAAAACUAUAAAUAAAAAUAAAUAAAUAAAUAAUGAUAAUAAUUAAAAAAAAAAAAAAAAAAAAAAAAAAACUAUUAUAAAAGCCAACAAUUAAAUCUAUUUAAAAGCUAAAUUGAAAAAAUGAGUUUUAACAGCAGUCUUAAAAGUGUCCAAUGUAUUCAUGUUGCGAAUUUCCGAAGGUAAUGCAUUCCAGAGAUAAGGUGCAGCUGACUGGAAUGCACGAUCCAAGAGUUGGAUGGGUCUUAAUGCAUGGUAACUCGAGGAAUAUAGACUCAUUUGACCUUAGAGAGUACUUGGAUUGCUUUUUGGUAGUAAUGAAAUCAAUUAGAUAAUUAGGAGCUUGACCAUAUAAGCACUUAAAUGUCAAAAGUAGAAUCUUAAACUUUAUACGGUAACUUAUUGGAAGCCAAUGAAGGUGGAAAAGCAAUGGUGUAACAUGGCAGAAUCUAGGUGUUCCGGUGACCAACCGAGCCGCGGCAUUCUGUAUCCGUUGGAGUUUCAUGAUAUGUGAAUUCGGGAGGCCAUAUAGUAGACUGUUACAAUAAUCUAUUCUACUGGUGAUAAAAGCAUGAACUAAUGAUUCGGUGACUGAACGACUUAAAUAUUUCCUAAUUCUACGCAUGUUAUAAAGAUAAUUGAAAGCGGAUGAGCAAGUUUUGUUGAUAUGACUUAGCAUACUCAUUUUAGAAUCAAACCAAGCUCCUAGGUUUCGAACUUCAGAAGAUGGAGCAAUUUGGGAGUCCCCAACCGAUAAGGUACUAAUGUUACUGACUUUCUGAAGUUGUUGUCGUGUUCCAAUCAGAAGACAUUCUGUCUUAUCGGAAUUCAGUUUUAACUUAUCCGAAUGCAUCCAUCUACCGAUAUCAGCAAUACAUGAUUCCAUGGCAGUUAUAGCAGCGGUCUCCUCCAAAUCAUUUCCUGAUCUAAACGCGAUGUACAGUUGCGUGUCAUCUGCAUAACAAUGGGAAUUAGGAAGAUGUGAUUCGACGAUCUUAAAAAGUUUACUAGCAUAGAGGGAAAACAAUAAUGGCCCGAGACAGCUGCCUUGUGGAACUCAAAUUUAAGAUUAAAAUUACUCGAUAGAACUCCGUCUAUAUAGAUGCGCUGGGUUCUGUUAGAAAGGUACGAUUCAAUCCAAUUAAGUGCAGAGCCUGAAAUUCCAAAAUCAAACUGAAGGCGAUCUAAGAGAAUCCUAUGGUCCACGGUAUCAAACGCGGCGCUUAAAUCAAGAAGCACUAACAACGUGACCUUCUGAUUUUCCAUGUUCAUCAGAAUGUCAUUCUUGACUUUAAGCAGGGCAGUUUCUGUGCUAUGGUGCCGUCGAUAGGCUGAUUGCAAUGAAGGAAAAAGAUCAUGCUCAUUUAAGUAGGACUGAAUCUGAUCAGCUGCCACUCUUUCAGCCGAGUUUGCAUGAAAGCCACCUAUUGUAUGCAAAUGGUCUUGUAAUGAGCAUGUGGUUUAUUUUCGGCGAUGAUUGAAAUGACGUGGCAUGUAAAUCACUUUUUUGAUCUCUGGUAAUGAUGUAAUUUCUCUGCAAUCGAGGCCGUUGAAUUUUCGUGUUUUUAUACACGCGUAUAGCCUGCAACCACAGACGUAUCUCCAGUCGUCGCUAAACGCGCGUAUACCAAAUCCGUUCAGAAACAAAUAAAAAGUAAAUAUCCUGAAAAAUACUCGACAUCGAUGAAGUAGGAAGCAAGAGACCUGUAGCGAGUAAAUCCUAUUUCGUGUAGAAUUAAUCGCCUCCCCAUUUCUCGAUCUAAUCUCCAAACAAGGGGAGACUGUAAGCCGCGGUAAGAGCGUUCUUGUCUUUUUCUCAGAUCACCCACCAUACACCCUCCCCCGCCCCCUCAAAAGUCAGAUGUUACAAUUUCGUUUGCGCUUUUGUUUUCACCUUUCAGUGUUAACGACCACAAAGAUUACACCAACUGUGUGCCCUCAGAGGACAACAUCUGGUCAAUGCUGCAUUAUCCCCUUCACUUACAAAGGCGUGACAUACAACUCUUGCACCGAUGCUGAUCAUCAUAGACUCUGGUGUUCUUUAGAUAGUCAGUAUAAAGGGAGAUGGGACAAUUGCCGUAAGUAUAAUUUAAUGACCCCCCGUGGCACCAUCACUAAAAGUAAAGUGUAUUUCGAAGACUAGUGCUUUGAGUAACCACAAAAUGCAGAAUGGCCAUAACAGUUGUUAAGACUCAAGAGUGGCGAACACGACAUAUCUUUUUACCACAUCUUUAUUAUUCACCAUAAGUUAACUCGUGGCCGCGACAAGAAAAACACAUCGCAAACUACGGUUCUGAAAGGGGGCAAAGCGCAAACUACUUGCGUAAGCGGCAUUAUAAUUCUAUACAUACUCUCUUGGCAAUAAAGUAAAGUAUGAAAAGGGCAAAUUAGGAAAAUUAGCAUAACGCGAUUACAACUUAAAUUUUCUUGAGUUUUUCUCUGAUAGCCCAUGUUCGAUAUAUUAAAAUUCUAACAUGACUACAAGGCUGUCUGGUAAUUUUCCUAUAUUUGGUUUGGUUUUCUUUGUGCUCAAGUCUCUUUUGGGAAUGCAAAACAAUGGAGCCCUAAAAAAUUUACAAUUUCGUCCGUAAAGCCUCGGGAGUAAUGUUAGAAUUUUGCUUUAUCAAACGUGGGCCAUUGUCAAAAGCCUAGCCUGUGUACAGACGUCCCCCCUCCCUCAGAAGAGACGUCUGUACACAGGCUACAAAGGCCCGGCUGCGGCUUUUCAGAAAUAAGGGCUAGAGCUGUUGGCCAUGGUUUUUUUUUGUUAUCGGAUCGUUUACUUUGCUCUUUUCUUUUUCUCCCCGCUUAUUUAGACGUUGAUAAAUGCAGCAACGGUAGUCAUGAUUGCCAUCCAAAUGCAACUUGUUGGGCAGAUACCGCGGGAAACUUCACAUGCACCUGUCAGCCAGGUUUCACUGGGAAUGGCCGCAAGUGUUAUGGUAUGAUUUAUCUCUUCGUAAACUUAUUAAGGAAGUGUACUAUGAUCUAAAAUAUAAUCAUUUCUUGAACAGAGCUUUCAGUUAUUUUUCACCUCUGCUGUCAUGCGUGGAUGAUUUGACCGAAAAUAAUAAUAAUGCUUGGUGUAACGACCAAGCACAAUCCUUCUCUUCAUCUGGUCAUUCCCGUGUUACCUUCGUCUACAUCUCACGCUCUGCAAUUUAAGUCUUGCCCACUGGAGUAUUUGUCCGUCUCGACGUGCAUGCAAACAUGGCGGGAAUAAUUCGACCGAAUUUGCAUUGAAGAGACAAUUGCUGCCUUUUUGCCAGUGUUUACCUGGGCAGAGAGAACAUGGGCUUUUGCAAAGCUUAAUUACCUUACACAAUAUUGAUAAUAUAAACGAUGUAACUGUUCACUGGUUUUACAGUUUGUUUGAAUCUCUCCUCUGUUAUCUGGCUUUGUUUAAUUCACAUGGGAGGUCCGCUUUUAGAUUUGCCUAAAUCUGUAAAUUUGCGUAGGCCAUCAAUGCAUAAUUACUGCUGCAAGCUUUCAUUGAAGCUUAUACCAAGUGAAAAACUAAAUUACAAGCGCCAGGUUCAUUAGAACCUCUGCCUCGUACCCAGACUCCACGUGGAUAGUAGGCAAGCUUUAGUGAAGUUUGGGAACAAGGUUUCUAGUACGCACUCGAUGGCUAACUAGCAAUCUUCCCAUUGUGUUUCUCAUUUAGCUAGGCCCUGAGAAUGAGGCAGCUAAGACCUGCUACUGAAUGCAAGCAGCCAUACCUUAAGCAAGUUUUUAUAAACCAACGACAUUGUACUACAUAGUUUUUACAUUUUUCUGAUAGUUGUUCUGGUAUAGUUAUUUUUGUCCUUUAAUUGUUAAUCUUUUAGUUGCCCAGGGCACCCAUUUAUAACAGUUUCAGCUGACGGGUUUACCCUGGUUAAAUAUGUUAUUAUUAUGAUAUUGUUAUUAUCAUUAUUAUUAUUAUUAUUAUUAUUAUAAAAUCAAGAAAAUGAUAAAUGUAGCUAUUAGAGCAACAUAUUACAUAUUUUGUUGUAGAAAUAGGAACUGGGAUAGUCCAGACUUAAUGCAAUUUUGAUUUUUUUUUUUAAUAAUCCAAUCUCAAGUAACAUUUGUAAAUUGCCUAUACGUAGCGAGAUUUACAAUUGUAUUUUCAAAAACACAAAUAAAGUUUCCACUAUUAUUAUUAUUAUUAUUAUUAUUAUUAUUAUUAUUAUAUUAUUAUGCUUUAUUAAGUGUCUUUAUUUUAUUUUACUUUUUUUAAACGUUUGAAAGAAACUUUUGAAUUUUAGAGGCUGACAGUUCUUUUUUAUUGAAAUGAAAUGUUUUUAAUUCGAAUAAAUUUUUCUUAGUUAAAUUAACUCUUUCUAAGCUAAAUUAAGUGCUUUUUAAAUCGACAGGAAUUGUAAAUAGUGUUUUGAAUGAUUAGUUUUUCUUUUUUUCCAGUGAAUUAAUUAUAAAUAGGAUUUUAAUAGUUGGCAUUAUUAUUAUAAUUAUUAUUAUUAUUAUUAUUAUUAUCAUAACUAUAACAAAAUGUCAAAUCUGAUUGGCUAUCAACUGCCCUGAUUUCAGCCUUAAUUGGACAGUUUAAUAGGACAGUGCUCGUCAUGCCUAAGUAAUUGGACAGUACGCGCCAUCACGCGCGCGCUUAAAUGGCUUUAUUUUUCCACUGCUAGCAAAACAAAAUUUGGAAUUUCUUUUGUUUUAUUUAAAAAAUAGCCUAUUAUAUCACAAAUUUUGUAAAAGUUAUGAUUAAUUGGUAACAGAACUUCGUGUCGUCCAAUUCGGUCUAUAAUCAUACUCGUGAUAAAACAAAUCGGACUCCCGCUACGCGGUCGUCCGAUUUUGUUAAUCACUCGUAUGAUUACAGACCGAAUUGGACUCCACUCAGUCCUGUUACCAUUACUUAUUAUCAUUAUUAUUAUUAACUACCUAGUUAAAAAAAGGCUUACAAACAUUUACAAGUCUUGAAUUGCAAUACGGUUAAGCAAGCUGUACAGGGUAUUGAUGUGUUCAGACCGCUCUUUUUAUCUCUAGAAUUGAAGUCAGGUGGACUCUGCCCGAAGCCCGUUUCCUUUCCAGAGGCAUUUUUAUCACAAACUUCUUUGUAUUUUUCUGUUAGAACUAGGUAGUUUUGUCUGUAAUUAGGCCCUCUACUCGAUGGUUGUUAUACAAAAUAUUUUAAUUUUAUUUUAUAAAAUUUUAGUGCUCACUGUAUGAAUUUUUUUUUCUUCUUAGAUUGUUCCAGUAAACACUUUGAAAAAUACCAAGAUUUUCUAACCGCAGGAGCCGCUGACGUUGAACAGUUUACCAUCAAUGGAAGUCAGUUUCUUGCCUUCGCCAAUCAUAUAAGUGAUACUGAUGGAGUCAACACAAAGUCCUUCAUCUUCAAAUUCAACUAUUUGACUGAAAAAUUCUCUUUGUUCCAAGCCAUAAAUACUUCAGGAGCACGUAACAUGAAAUUCUUUACAAUUGCUAAUAAACAUUACCUCGCAGUUGCUAAUAUGCAAACUAAAACCACAUAUCGAGUGAACUCAGUUAUUUAUCAGUGGAAUGGACUAAAAUUCGUUGUCUUCCAAAACGUUUCAACUAAAGGAGCAAGCAGGAUUAGUUUCUUUAAAAUAGGAAAAGAAUAUUUUCUUGCCGUUACAAAUUGGCAUGAUGAUGUUACAAACAAUGUAAGGUCAGUCAUCUAUAAGUGGAAAAACGGCAAGUUUGAUAAGUUUCAGGAGAUACCAACAGUUGGAGGUUACGGAAGUGCCGCAUUUCUAAUUAACAAUGAAACUUUAAUUGCUUUUGCAAAUAAAAUGAGCUGUACCUCAGCUGUUUACAAAUGGUCAGGGUAUGACUUUGUUCAGUGGCAGUCUAUUCGUACAUAUGAAGUUCGAGAUGUGAUAUCGUUUAAAAUGAAUGGCCACACUUUCCUUGCCUUUGCAAACAGAGCAGAUGGACAGAAACCCAACAUUUACAAGUGGAAUGGGCGUCAGUUUAUAAAGGUCCGGCCAAUCACUACUUAUGGAGCUGUUACCUGGCACCCAUUUGAUAUGUGCGGACGAACAUUCCUGGGUGUUGCCAAUCAUCAAGCAAAUUCUGUUAUAUACCAGGCCCUUGGAUCACAGUUCGUCAAGUAUCAAGAACUUUCAACCCACAACGCUCAUGGUAUGACGUCAUUUGUGCACAACGGUCACACUUAUCUUGCUGUUGCGAAUCUUGCUCUCUGUGUUGACGGCAAACAUUGUCAGUACAACAUUAACAGCACCCUUUACAAGUGGACAUGAAGUAGCAGCAGCAGCGAUAGUAUUAGUAGUAGUUACGUUGCAGUAGUAGUAGUAGUAGUAGUAGUAGUAGUAGUAGUAGUAGCAGUAGCAGUAGGAGUGGCAGCAGGAGCCAGUAGCAGCAGCAGCAGUAGCAGUAGCCAGUAGUAGUAGCAGUAGCACUUUCAGUUGUCAAGUAGCAGUACCAGUAGCAGUAGCAGUAGCAGCACUGAAAAGGAGCCAGAAGCAGUAGCCCAAGCGGCCGAAGCCGUAACCAUGUAGCAUUACCAGCACCAGUACCAGUAACGGUAGUGAUAGUGUUCGUUAGUAAAACCAGAAAAAAAAAUAAAAUAAAGCUGUGUGCUACAUUUGCCG